AUUCCUCUUACGUCAUUGACACAGCGAUCGAUAGAAUCCAAAUCUGAAAAUGGUCGAAACAUUUCAAGCGGAGUGUUAGGGCCGCUGCUGGGAACUUCUGUCUUCAUGAAGAGGUCCUGUACCAUGGCAACAGAAGGGUCAUUUGGACAGAGGAGGACAAAGUGGCUGUGUUAAAGCCCAUGCAGGCCAUUUUGGACCACGGAGGAUGCAAAAGAACGGUCCAUCACACAGGACACAUUGGAUUGGGUGCGCACAUGUCCUGACUGCCAGCGCUUUGAAAAAUUAAAGACCGAGGCGCCUGAGCUGAAGCCCAUCAAGGUGGUAUCACCUUGGUACAUGGUUGGUGUGGACCUCUUUGGACCUGUGAAAAAGUUCUAAGGGGAACAGAUAUUGUCUCACUUUGACCGAUUAUUUCACCAAGUGGGUUGAAGCAAGAACAUUCCCAAAAAAGACAGCAGCCAAUGUGAAGGAGGUUACAACUGAGUGUCCUGGGGUGAUGGCAGCUCCUGACCAGGCUGAUUCUCUGGAGGCCUUUGUGCAGCUCAGAGUUGGCCAGGAUGAGGACGUUUUUGGAAAGGUGAUCAACAAUGUGGAGAGGGCCCAAGAGAGACAGAAAGGAUGAAGAAGGGGCUCAAGCGCUUCAUCAUCCAACCUGGAAUGGAGGUCCUCAAGAAGGAUGCGAGGAAGAAAGGGAGACCUGGGCGAACCAUGGACCCAAACUGGAGCCAGACCAUCUACAGAGUUAUGGAGGUUCUUCCAAACAAUAUGGUUAGGCUGGAUGGAAAGCCCAAGCAUAUGAUGACCCCGUAUGCAACACUGAAACCUCUGCGCCCGAGGACUCACCCUGGCUGGCCAAAGGAUUCCCCUUCAGCCCCUGUGCUUCCAGGAGAUGCUGAAAUGCUGACUUCAUCAUCGGAGGAGGAAACUGAGUGUCAUUGUUUCACGGACCAUACAUAUGCUGGCCCCACAUCACCCUGGAAAAAGGAGCUGCACCCCGACCAGAAACAACUGGAGAUCCCACGCCAGACCUCGGGGAAUGACUGUGGUGUUUUCAUGCUCAUGUACUCCCUCUGGCUCUGUACGGACACUACUUUUCACUACAGUGUGCUGGACAUGCAGUCAAUCCGGCGUUGGUGGUGUGUCCUUCUAAUGGAGCGCUUUGGCAUUGAAGGGCAUGGCCAGAGGUUCUGUUAUUGGACAGACAAGGCGAGUGGCCUAUUGCAUCAGCCAGUCUUUAGGGUAUCCACAAACUCAGUCCAGGCCAUCGACUGCGUCAUCAAAGAAUAACUGAAUACAGUACUGGUAUGCCAUGACACAAAAGUCAAUAAAUUGUAUCAUACCUAUGUUGCUCCAUUAAAAAAAAAUGAUUGGAGAAAUAUGUAAGCUGGGGGGAAAAAUAACUGGUUCAAAAAUAAUAAUCUAAUAACCUUUAUUGGUUUGUACCGUGAUGUGGUUUAAGAGCUUUUCACUAUAACAUGUCUACUUCUGAGGUGACCACCACUUGUGAUUAUGACUUGACUUCCAUCCAUCCAUCCAUUUUCUACCGCUUAUCCCUUUUGGGGUCGCGGGGGGUGCUGGAGCCUAUCUCAGCUACAAUCGGGCGGAAGGCGGGGUACACCCUGGACAAGUCGCCACCUCGUCGCAGGGCCAACACAGAUAGACAGACAACAUUCACACACUAGGGACCAUUUAGUGUUGCCAAUCAACCUAUCCCCAGGUGCAUGUCUUUGGAGGUGGGAGGGGCCUAUCCCCAGGUGCAUGUCUUUGGAGGUGGGAGGGGCCUAUCCCCAGGUGCAUGUCUUUGGAGGUGGGAGGAAGCCGGAGUAGAACCCACGCAGUCACGGGGAGAACAUGCAAACUCCACACAGAAAGAUCCCGAGCGCAGGAUCGAACCCAGGACCUUCGUAUUGUGCGGCAGACGCACUAGCC